UUUAAAAUGUGUGAAAAGGUUUUCAAUCUUAAGAAGAGUUGAGAGAGGGGCAUUUAAUAUUUUUGCAUAGCCUUAAAUGGAGCCAAAAAUUAAAUUUGCACUUUCAAAUUAUCAAAUUUUAUAAGAGUAAAAAAAUUUUCAUUAGCACUAAAAUCUUCUCAGAGUGGCCUUUUUUAAACUUCUUUUGUAUAAUAAUACAGUUUUUUUUUAACCUAAAGUUUCGCUAGCCGUAAAUUAAAAACAAAAAGAAACAAACACCAAACUUAAAAAUUGUCGCAUUUUCGGUAUAAAAAAGCACUAAAUUUAUUGCGAAGAGCAAAUGGUUGGCAAUACUGCACAACUCUGCAAACGUGACGUCACGUACGCUCUGAUGGGCGCAAUCUUCUUUCUAUCAUUCUUGGGUAAUAUGGAGGAAGUUAUUGAAGGAGAUAAGAGUCAGCGGCCUGACGAGAAAUGUAUCUUAGAGGAGGAACUAGCCAGGCCAGAGGAACCUUCUUGUGGAAACAGAAAAACAGCUUGACAAAAUAGAAACAUCAUUAACGAAAUCUGCAACCAAUCAUGAGAGCAAUGCCCUAGCGCAGGCACCGGAUCCCAAAGAAGCAAAAAUAUGCGUAUCUGGGGGAAAAAUUCAAGUGUAUGGUUACAUGAAAAAGAAGGUUUUGAGCCAUUUAGAAGAAAAGGGUUGUAGCCCUAGAAGCCUUGAUGAAGUGAUUACUGCUUCGAAAUUUAACAAACAGUAUACUCGGGAAAAUAUGAAGUAUAAUUUUCUCGGUAUCUAUUCAUUUAAAUCGCAGUUCGCAUAAAUGGUAGACUAUAUGAAUCAGCGUAUCGAGAUGGCUGAAACUAAUGUACAUGAGGAGUGCGGAUCACUGAGUUUUAACAACAUAGCAUUUAAAAAAUGGAAUUUGCCAGAGUUAUGCUCAUAUGAACCUGGCUUAGUUAUCAAUGCAAUAGCGAACAAAGAGGAUCUUCCUGAAGCAGAAGAGCUAGAGGGUGUGGACUUAAGAUCCGUCUACAAAUUCAUAGGAAAUGCAUUAUUUGGAUUGCCUCCAGCUAAAUUAAAUGAGAAAAGUGCGUAAUUUUUCCCCAAUGAAUUUGAGAUUCUUGUUGGAGAAGCCAAUACGAAUGUUGGCGAUUGUGCGACAAUGCUCCUGAACAAUCGAUUACAAAACUGCAAGGAGCUGCCGUUUUGCAGGGAGAAAGAAAAAAGUAGCAUCGACGCUUUAUGUCUAGAGGAUGAACAGAAAUUUACUCAAUAAUGAAAGGCGGGCACGCUCUGCAUAUUCCAAAUAAAAUAGGGCUAUACUAAUCUGUAUUUUAUAUUUUUUGAAUUGGUGAUUUUGUUCGUAAAGAUUAUAAUACCAUUGCAAAUAAAAAAAAUUAUUGUAAUAUGUUGAUAGAAUUAAAACGCACCACUUUAAAUAUUUGUCCACAUUUAUUACACACUCAAAUAUUAUUCCGUACUUUAAAAGAGUUGACACAAAUUUGUAUAUAUGAAUGUAGUAAUUUUUAUGUUAAUUAAUUCCUCUUAUUCUUUGUUACAAUAACCCACGCCGAUUUACUUAUCACUUGCACGUGUUUAAAUUUACGCCUCAAAAAGAUUCAUUCAACCUUUAAAUGAAAUUGCUUGUUGCAUGUAGUUUACUUAAAAAAAAGCUAAACUGAGUGUUCAGAGUUUUAUGGAGUGUUGUAAAAGUGACAGAUAACAUAUUUUAUGUUUUAUUUUGCAUGUACACGUGAAUGUGGAUUUUAUUUGACAAUUAGAAAAACGUCAAAGUUUAUGUGGGUUCAAAAUUCUUUCUUUUUCGACGGGUUCAAUUUUUUAGCUAAUUGAGAAGGUACAGUUUUUAGUGUAAAUUUUAUUAAGUAAUUAAACUACAUAUUUUACGACUAGAAGUACAUAUGUAUGUGUUACAUAAGUGUUAACAUAAUUCUGUAAAUAGUUUUUAGUUUUAUAAAGUAGUUUGGCUUUGUUGUAAUAGACUGCAAUAACCAAGUUGUUGCUAAUUUAAGUAAGGUAAAGUACUUUGCGGUGUGAUUUGUGUAGUUUGCUUUAGUUAUUUUUGGCCUAAGGAACUUCUUCUUGGACAAGUCCUUCGGUAGAGCACAUUUACCAUAUAAGAAUAUCUAAAACAUACUAAUACGCGGAGUGUUACACCACAUUCCAUAUCUGUUUAUGCAUAUUUGUAUCUAUGUAUGCACUAUAUAUAAUAUUAUAAUAUAAUAAUUACACUAAAGUAGUUUGUAAAAAUAAUAAACUGCUUACAAAAUUUGGCAAUUGCCCUUGACUGUAGCAACUCAUUUUUGAUUACUAAAAUUAAUAAUACAAUUUAUUUAUUUAUGUACGCGUUACAUAUGCAAAUAAGUUAACUUAAUUAAUUCAAAUUCAGUCGUGUUUGAGCUUUUGCUUUCCCCUUAUACAUUUUUAAUACAUAUGAGUAUGUAUGCAAUUAAUAUAUGGUUGUAUGUACAUAAAAAUAUGUGCGUUUCUAAUGCGAAAGAAAUUUUGUAAAGUACAUUUUUUAUAGCAAUCAAACAAAAAGGCUUCAGACUAAAAAAAACGACAAAUUGGAUGCAUUUUUGCCAGCGAUAGGACUUAAAUGCAUAAUUUUUCCUUUGUAUGUUUGCUAACUAAUAAAUACUUGUACGAAGAAGAACCAAUAAAUAAAUUAAUAUAUUAUUUAAAAACCUUUUACGGCCUGAAUUAUAUGGCAUGGGCUUGGACAAUACGAUUUCACCCUAUUGGUCUACUCUCUC